UCUUUGGUUAUUUCGUGGUUAUUUCGUAGUUAUCCUGGUUAUCCUUCGUUUAUUCGUUUUUACACAGGAUUGGAUCAUUUAUACGUAUGUUGUUCUAUAAUAAUUUUAAUCUCGGAACGUUUUAUUAAUCAAUUCUAGGACUAUUACAUUACAAGAUACUUGUGCGUAGAAAGUAAAUACAACGAUGUACUAAGUGCCAGUACUUAGUAGUUGUUGAUGAAAACAAUGGACCGUGCUGAAGAGGAGUUAAAAUGUCUUUUUGGAUGCAAGUUUUAUUCUGCAUAUUUACAUAUGUUCCCGGAUCCUGCCAAAGAACGAAAGCUAUUUGCACAGUGGUUACAAGAAACACAGCAUAUAAUCAAAGAAACAGAACCAGAUAUAAUAUAUAAAAAAUACAGAGUGUGUCAUGAACACUUCGCAUCUCACAUGAAAUAUGGACAAUUUAUUUCAAGAACUGCUGUACCUUCUCUUAAUUUAAAAGAUAAAAACACAAAUAAAAGAAAAAGAAAAGAACCUGUGACUAAUGUAGUAAAACCACAAGAUAAUAAUUUGGCAGCAGCACAAGCUGAGGACAAUGUUUCUAAGACAGCAUCAACUCAAGAUGAUGUUUUGGAAGAACCAGUCAGAUAUAACAAUUAUGCAGCAAUAUCAUGUAGUUUGAAUGCAGAUCAUGAUUAUACCAUGAUGUAUGAUGACCAAAAUAAUGAUGAACUUUUCAAGGUGGAUGAAAAAGCAGAGGAAGAAAAACGGAGUGAAGCUUACCAUGAAGGAUAUUCUUGCAAUGUAUGCGAAGGAAUUAUUAAAGGUUAUCGAUACACAUGCGUGCAAUGUCGGGACUUCGAUCUAUGCCAUAGAUGCGAAGAAAAGGGAUUACAUAGUUUACAUUAUGUGUUGAGGAUACCGAAACCCAGGGCUAAUGAUGACGUAGAAAACCUUUUAAGCAUCAUAAGAAGAGAAUUGUUCGGCGAAAACACAGCGAGCCGUAACACUACUCCGAAAGAUCAAUUUGACCCCAUUCUUGAUAUGUGUGUAAACGUGGAUAGUGUAGAGGAAGUACUGUUUGUGGAUCCAAAGGCGUCUGAUAAACCAUCUAUUGCAAAUCAAUUACAGCAUAAAGUAGAUGAGAUACACGUUGAAACUAAUAAUGAUAUUCGACCAGAGACGUAUAAAAAAGCUAUUGCCACCCAAUUUUAUAGUAAUAAUAGGAAGAAAACAUUACCGAACAUUAUUGAAAAACGAAACGCAUUUUUGCAACAAAAAGAAAAUGAUAAAAUACGAAUAGCAAAUGUGUCUUUGUAUCGAAAAUUUAGUGAAAAUCUAAGUUUUCUACCUUUAUCAGAUCCUAUCACUGCCGGUGGUGAUGAUGGCGUAAUUUUUUGUGAUAGUGGCCAAAGUGAAAAGGGCGCAGUAAGACAAAAUGGUAAUGUAAAUCUACAUAGCGCACAGAAAUUUGCUCCAAGAUGGCUGCCGAAAAGAGAAGUAAUUAGUAAGGAAUCAAGUCAAGCAAAAGCGAGACCGAAAAUUAUUAUUUGUAAAUCAAAAUUAGUAAGAAAAGCGAAGCUUAAGAAAGGUAACGAAAAGAUUUUUAGUGUAUUAUAAAUUUCGAUUCUGUAAUAUUAUGUUAUGGCAUAAUAAAACACUCAUUUGCAUAAUCUAACGAUAUAUUCGCGUUGCAUAACGCUUGGUCCCAAC